AGUAAAAAGCAUUGAGGAUGAAGGAACUGAUUCUGUUUCCGAACUGAAUAGCUCGCCCUUGAACAAGCAGGAGGCAAAGAGCCCCGAAAGUGCUCUCAAUAGAAUCUUAAGCUUCAGGAGAAGUAAACGAAGUCCAGCCAAAGACAAAGAUGAAAAUAAGGAGAUACCUGAGCCCAGUGAAAAAAUGGCAUCUCCAGCAGAACCAGCAUGCCCAGUAAAAAGCAUUGAGGAUGAAGGAACUGAUUCUGUUUCUGAACUCAAUAGCUCACCCUUGGACAAGCAGGAGGCAAAGAGCCCCGAAAGUGCUCUCAAUAGAAUCUUAAGCUUCAAGAGAAGUAAACCAAGUCAGGCCAAUGACAAAGCAAGUGAAGACUCUGGCACCCUGAGAAGAAACAAAGGUUUUACACUGAAAGGCUUAAAAAAAAAAGAGGGCAGCAGUGCUAAAAAUAUGACCGACACCAGUGUGGACAAGAGUGGGGAGAAUACGGGAACAGAGUACAUUCAACGAGAACCUCUCUCAGUCAUGGAAAUAAAUGAACUUAUUCAGAAAAAGCAACUUUUGGAGACAUUUGCAAGCAUCAGGUGUUUGGAGAAUGAAAUUAUAACUGAAAAAGAGGCCAAGAAAUAUGAAGACAAUCCUACAGAAUAUGCCCGGAAAGCCAAGGAUGUGGAUUUGCUUUGUAACUCUGUUGCUAACUCAAUCAAAUCCAUUGUGGAGGAAACACUUGAUCAGUCCGAUAUAGAUGAACGUUUGUUGACUUCUAUGGUGACCUUAAUCUCCAAGGAAGAAGAAGCUCAUGCUGAUGUACAGAUUCCUGGCUCUUCAGAAUCGGACGGCGUUGGCAGACCCAGAAAAUGGCGAGACGUGUGGAAGGAAGCUGUCAGAGGGAGUGCUGAAAAAAGAGUCUGUAAUGUGCCUAUUUCAUUGAAAGAGGACAACGAUUCUUGGCUCGCUAUCCAUUUAGGGUUCCUCAGAAAAUAUGUUAGUGAAGAUUUAUUGAAAAUCAAGCAGUCAGUACAAAAGUGUUACCCAGAUGACUAUAAAGUCUGUGGAAGAUACGUGGAGUCCUUUCACAGUGCCAUUUCUUCACACCUGCAGCGUCUCUUGCAGAGACCCUUGGAAUUCAGUGAACUUUACGCAUUACUUGAUUGGGUUGUUAACACAUACUAUAGCAAAACUCUCCUGGGACACCCUGAUCUCCAAGCGGAGGUAAAGACUGUGAAUCUCCCUCAGUUGUUACCAUCAGAAACUUGGGAUAAACUGAAAAAGGACUACGUGGAUUCUCUAGAGGAGAAAAUAAAGCGCUAUUUGGAUAACAUUCUGAAGCUGGAGACCACAAAAAAGUGGGAGGAAAAUCAGCCAGAAACCUCGCAAACCGAGUACGACUCGUCGCUGUCCUUGGAUAUUCAAAUGCUCAUUGGACAGCAUAAGAAGGGAUCUGGCAAAAUCUUGGAAAGUCUGGAAACUGUAACUCUUGAGAUCAGCAUAAGAGAACUGAGAGAAUUCAUACCAAGAUUCAGGAAGGCAUUUGUGGAGUGGUACAAAGAGAGAGAGGAUUUGUUGUUUGUGCCAUAUUUAGUAGCCUACGUUAACAGCUUCCGUGAUCUGAUGAGAGGCUUACAAACAACAUUUAAUGCUGACACUAAGGAACUGGAAAAUAUCCUGACUGAUGUGACAAUGAGCUUCAGAAAGGAUGUUUUAGAUAAAUUAAAACAAAAGACGCAGCCAUUCUUUAAGAAAAUUCUGACCCACGCGUGGAUGUUAAAUAGUGAAAUACUGGACUCCAUAAUGUCAACAACUGUACAAUUUUGCCAACACCUAAAACAUUUAGAGCAGCCUGUUGACAAGGAUUUUCUAGGUGAUGCUCACAAGUAUGUGGUGAGAGAGUACAUCACACAAGCUAUCAAACCAAGAAAGAGAAUGAAGAGAGUCAAGCGGGAGGAGGUUGGCAAAAAGAUGAACGAAGAAGCCACAGUCAUAUAUAACAGCUUCAGAGAUCUGGGCUCUGAUGCGGAUUGGCUUAACUCUGCCAUUCAUUGCAUUGCAAACAUAAUUUCCGAGAAGAACAGACACAAAAUCAAGGAAUAUAGUGAGGAAAUAUGUCAGGCUUAUCCAGAUGUCAGAAAGGAACAUAUUGAAGCUGUUCUCACCCUCCGAGGACUGGACUGCAACAAGAAAAAGUCCAUUAUUCAGAAAAUAGACAAACUCCAAGAAAAUGCAGAAAGCGUGGCUGAUAGAACAUUCUUUGCCGAGAUUGACACUUCAACUGUUGUCACAUGCUUUUAAAGACCAGCUAGACAACAGAAAUAAGAGCAUGCAAAAUUUUUAUAGUUCUUCUAGGUCAUGCUCCUAAAUGUGACUCCCGCUCCUCCCUGCCCAUAACUCAAAGCACUGCAAUAGAUGUCCAGAAAUGGACUCUCGUUUCCAGAAGACAAGGACAAUGGAGGAGUCAAUAUAUUGCACGAAGAGGUCCCUAAGCAAGCCCUGAUAAAUAACUAUUCUCUAGGUAUCAAUGAUUCACAGUUGAGCUGGAAGGGCAUAUCGAGCAGGGUCCUGCAGGGAUCUGUCCUGGGUCAGGUUCUAUUCAAUAUCUUCAUAAAUUAUUUGGAUCAUGGCAUAGAGAAUACAGUUAUAAAGUUUGCAGAUUAUACCAUGCUGGGGUUGCAAGCAAUUUGGAGGACAAGAUUAGAAUUCAAAAUGAUCUUGACAAACUGGAGAAAUGGUCUGAAACCAAUAAUGUGAAAUUCAGUAAGGACAAAUGAAAAGUGCUCCACUUAAGAAGGAAGAAGCAAUUGCACAAAAUGGGAAGUGACUGCCUAGCCAAGAGUACCGCAGAGAGGAUCUGGAGCUUGUAGUGGAGCAACAACUAAAUGAGUCAUCAAUGUAAUACUGUUGCAAAAAAGGCAAACAUCAAUCUGGGAUUUAUUAGCAGAUAAGGCCUCAGCUGCAGUAUUGUGUCCAGUUCAGGGCCCCACACUCUGGGAAAGAUGUGGACAAAUUAGAGAAAGUCCAGAGGAGAGCAACAAAAAUGAUUAAAGUUCUAGAAAAUGUGGCCUAUGAGGGAAGAUUGGAAAAAUUGGGCUUGCUUAGCCAGGAGAAAAGAGAACAAGACCAGGGGAGGGGUAUGAUAAUAGUCUUCAUGCAUGUAAAAGGCUGUUACAAAGAGGAGAGUAAUAAAUUCUUCUUCUCCACAGAGGACAGGACAAGAAGCAGUGGACUUAAAUUGCAGCAAGGGCGGUUUAGGUUGGACAUUAGUAAAAACUUCCUAACUGUCAGGGUGGUUAAGCACUCGCACAAAUUACCUAGAAAGGUUGUGGAAUCUCUAUCAUAGGAGGCUUUUAAGAACAGGGUGACGAAACACCAGUAAAUGAUGGUCUAGGCUUACUUGGUUUUGCCUCCAUGCAGGGCACUGGACUAGAAUGGUCCCUUCCAGUCCUACAUUUCUAUUAUUCUAACCCUAGCCACUAAAGGCAUCCCAUGCUGCAAACUUGUAUUGGAUCAUUAAAAGGCUGAUCUAUUUAUUGAA